CGCGACUGCGGACGGAAAUAUCACAUGAUCUCAACGUCAACGCGUCCGCGCCGGCCGAAAGCACGCCCUUGGUUUCCGAGGGCUCGCGUUUAUGCCUUAGGUGCCUUUUCCCCCUCACGGUGUUGUGGCGUGUGGGGUCUUUUUUUCCAGACUCCCGGGGCCUGCUCUGGGCUUUCGCGAUGUACCACAACAGUAGCCAGAAGCGGCACUGGACUUUCGCCAGUGAGGAGCAGCUGGCGCGACUGCGGGCGGACGCCAACCGCAAAUUCAAAUGCAAAGCGGUGGCCAACGGGAAGGUUCUUCCAAAUGAUCCAGUCUUUCUUGAGCCUCAUGAAGAAAUGGUGCUUUGCAAAUACUACGAGAAGAGAUUAUUAGAAUUCUGUUCGGUGUUUAAGCCAGCAAUGCCAAGAUCUGUUGUGGGUACAGCUUGUAUGUAUUUCAAGCGUUUCUAUCUUAAUAACUCAGUAAUGGAAUAUCACCCCCGGAUAAUAAUGCUCACUUGUGCAUUUUUGGCCUGCAAAGUAGAUGAAUUCAAUGUAUCUAGUCCACAGUUCGUUGGAAAUCUGCGGGAGAGUCCUCUUGGACAAGAAAAAGCACUUGAACAGAUUUUGGAAUAUGAACUACUACUUAUACAGCAACUUAAUUUCCACCUUAUUGUCCACAAUCCAUAUAGACCGUUUGAGGGCUUUCUCAUUGAUUUAAAGACUCGCUAUCCCAUGAUGGAGAAUCCAGAGAUGUUGAGGAAAACAGCUGAUGACUUUCUUAAUAGAAUUGCAUUGACGGAUGCUUACCUUUUAUACACACCUUCCCAGAUUGCCCUGACUGCCAUUUUAUCUAGUGCCUCUCGAGCAGGAAUUACUAUGGAAAGUUAUUUGUCAGAAAGUCUGAUGCUGAAAGAGAACAGAACUGGCUUGUCACAGUUACUAGAUAUAAUGAAAAGUAUGAGAAACUUGGUAAAAAAAUAUGAGCCACCCAGACCUGAAGAAGUUGCUGUUCUGAAACAGAAGCUGGAAAGAUGUCACUCUGCUGAGCUUGCCCUUAAUGUAAUUACGAAGAAGAGGAAAGGCUAUGAAGAUGAUGAUUAUGUCUCUAAGAAACCCAAACAUGAAGAGGUAUGUUCUCCAAAGGAAGAAUGGACUGACGAUGACCUGGUAGAUUCUCUCUAACCAUUUGAAAUAGACUUUCCAGUGCUAACUAAUCAACAGAAGGAUGAAGCAUCUGGCAUUUAACUUUGUUGAAAAAAGAAAUAAUGUGAAAGCAUCAAAUAUAUUAAACUUUUCUAUUUGUUAUUUAA